UACGGUCAAAAUAGAGAGCCAAAUUAUAGAAAAAAUAAAUGAAUACUACCUAAGUCAGCUAAUGAUAUCCGAAAACGAUACAAAUAAGAAAAUUUAAAGAAAAAUAGCUACAGGGCCUACAGGGUGACCAAGAUUUGGGCAAUAUGUCGAUUCAUGAAAAAAACCCCAAUGCUUUUAAUUUGAAAGGAAAAGUGUAAUGGAUGGUGCCAUAAUACUAGAAAUAACAUACGGUGUUAAAAACAUGGAGACUGGCAUAAAUUGGCAGUGGCACAGAGAGGCAUGGGAAGAGAAUGCUUAACAUCAGAUGCCGAAACAAAGGGAUAAAUGAAAGUUUAGGAUUACACACUAAAAGUUUUGAUGGGAAGAGAAUGCUUAACAUCAGAUGCCGAAACAAAGGGAUAAAUGAAAGUUUAGGAUUACACACUAAAAGUUUUGAUGUUGUAGGGGACUCGGGAAAAUAUGAGUGGCAAAUGGGGAAGCCAUGUCGCCUGGAUGGAAACAAAAAAUGGACAAGCAAGAUCACUGAAUGGAUACCACUUUCAAUAAAGUUGAUGCGAAAGACUUACAAAGGGACGAAGAGAUUGUCUGCAGAACAGCACAUAUAUCACUAAGAUGAGAGGGACAACAAAAAGUAAUGUCACAGUUAUGACGAUCAUGCCGGGGGGUGUUGCAAAGCUGCCUUGCACUUUGGAAGGAGGUAUGUACUUUAACCGGAUCUGGCUGAAAAAUGGUAUUAGAGUUAAGUUGGAUAGACACAGGAAAAUCAACAAGAAAGGAAGCUUGGUUAUCAGAAGUUUUGACAGGAAUGACAAAGGAAUAUAUGUCUGCAAGACAAAUAAGGGAAGAAUCAUUCAACGGAUUCUUUUACGAUAUUACAAAGGAAUAAAAGGAAGACCACUGUUUCGUCGUUUCCAAAGCGAAGUAAUUAGGGUGAGAGUCUCUGUAGUUAACAAGCGCGUGAAAUUCGAAUGCAAAGCCGAAGGGACCGAUCCCCUAUCAUACCAUUGGCUGAAAGACGGCAAGCCAUUAAGUGGGCGCAAGUACAAGGCUGACCUGUGUAAGUUAAGGAUUAAGAACCUCGUGGAAUCAGAUGCGGGCACAUACACGUGUGUUGCUUCGAAUGUUUAUGGCAACAGUCUGUGCAGUUAUAGACUAUUGGUUGUCAAAAAUCCGGUUAUCAAGCCUUCUCUUCAACCCGGAUUCCCGAAAAAUACACCUAAAAAUGUUGGUGAAAACGCUUCGAUGGAAUGUUUCGACCUGUUUAGCAGCCAAAUGGUUCAUUUUCGAUGGUUGAUGUGGCUUACUAAACCAAACAAGACCCUGGAGAAGGACGUAUACAAGCUAAUUUCCAACAAUAAUUAUACACGUUACUUUGAGUUGGUCAACCCUUCACAUUACGAAUCAUUGAGAAAAGAUGUAGGGAAUCGUUUCUUGUCUGGAGUUCGCAUGAAUCUGUACAACGUGACUAAAAAGAACCAAGGCUAUUACAGCUGCGUCAUGUGCCAUCGAGGGGGGUGUGCUGUUAACACAGCCAAUUUGACUGUGUUUCAAUACAACGGGACAACCACAGUCAUGAAGAUUAAGCCAGGUAAAACCGCAAAGAUGCCUUGUAUAAUGAAUGGCCUGAAGCACUUUGAACCCAACUGGCUGAAAGAUGGUAAGAGAGUUGAGAUGGGCUGGAAAAGGAAAAUCAACCGGAAAAAGUUAUUGGUUAUUAAAAGCUUUGAAAGCAGCGAUGUAGGACUGUAUGUCUGUAAAUCACAUAGUGGAAGAAUCAUCCAUAAGACAAUUCUGCAGUACAAAGACCAUCCAUCUUGCCCAAGAUCUGCAAAGUUAAUAUGCGCUUGUAGGCUGGACCUCCACACUUCUGCGAUGUAGUUUGAUCGCUGGCAAUGCAAAUGCAAUGAUUGUCGACAUGGAAGCAGCAAAGACAAAUCUUGAAUCUUUCCUUUUUUUCAUAAACAUUCUUUGAAGAUCUCGUAACGAACUGCAUUUAGGUCUUUCUUUUCCUUUCCAAAAAUGUUACAGACAUACUCCUUCAAUUUUGAAAGCAGAUCGUCAUCAAUACUCCACUCAGCUCCUAGCCGCGAAAAAACAUGAACAAACCUAUUACUUUUUUCAAGGACUUGCCAACAGUGACUCUUUGACUUGCGAAAGAAGGAAGAGACAUGUGUCUGCCACAACACAAGAGCAUGAAAAUACAUUGCAACCCUGCACCUAUUACAUAUAAUAAUACUAUAUAUACUUAAACUAAUAAUACUAUUAAUACUAUAAAAAAAUUAAUUUACAAAAAAUCACAAAAAUUGCAUAAGAAAAAGACGGAGAAUGUCACCGUGAGCCGUCCACGCAAGGAACCCAGAGUGGGACCUUGAAUGAGCCAGGAUCUCGUUAAACAAGGGGAAUCUUGUACCAAGAAUUUGUCUACCUGAGGUUGUCUUGGAGUAUUGGUCCUUAAACAAACAAGGGUCUGCAGAGGAUUCGAUGCGCGGAGAGCUCACAGUUCGUUUAUGAUGACGUAGAGAUGGCCAAGGCUCAAUCAAAGCGUUCAGUGGCAUAUUUAUAUUUUAAUAUAGCCUCAAGGAUCAUAGUGUUUGACAUAGGUGGCAACCUUUCGUCACCAUAGAGAAGGAUUUUUAGAAGCGCUUGAUUUGAAAGGUUUAAUAAGCCCUGAGGUUGUAAUAUAUUGUUAGCAGUAUCGAAAAGAUCUUUUCUUUGCACAUCGUAGUUAUGGCAGAGCAGCAAAAAGUGUUCCGUAUCCUCAACUCCAUCGUUGGUUGGGCACAUUGGAUUUACUGUGUCUUUAAAGUUAUGCACAAAUUUGUGAAGAUUUAGACCACACGAAUUUUACUAAAACCCACAUGAAGUUGUUUUAGAAUUGCUAAGCCUUUCGGAUCGUGGAUGCUGUAGACUGGGUGGGGUGGGGUUUCUUUUUGAAAAUUCCCAGAGUUGAAGAUUGUCUCAACUCCGGGUCAAGUUUAUUCUAUUCCGAAAGACAUAACAGUUAGGGUAAAAACUUGCGCCAAAGCUCUUCGUUCUUGCACGUAUUUGCCCAAUUAUAACUGGUUUACGAAGGCCAUAGUUGGAUUGUGGAAGGGGUGGAAUAGGUUGCCUCGUACACUCUGGUGCUAGGUUGUUAACAAACUUGAAAAAUUAGACAAGACUCCUGCUCCAACGUCUUAGGUUAAGCGAUUUCCACCCAAGCUCCUCGUACAGUUUAUCCCGAGAUGUACCUUUCCAUGCACCAGUUACUGCUAGUGCUGCAGAGUAUUGAACGGAUCAAAGUUUUU